AUUUUCUGGAAAAUAAAGCUAAAAUGGGAAAUAUGUGCUCAGGAGAUAGUGACGCCGGUACAGACAUGAGUCUCCACAGAAGAAAGAGGAAAGGAGCAGGUGUUGGUCAUCAUCAUGAUGACGAUAUCGACCGGAUUGAAGAAGAUCGUCACUACAUAAAUCCCUUCCAGAGCAAUGAAAACAGGAAUGGACACAAGACUUUCACCUGGCCGGAUGGAAGUGUCUACACAGGCAAUUGGGAGGAUAACCUAUUUCAUGGUCAUGGCGAAUUCAAGCAUGCUAAUGGUGAUCGCUUCGAAGGAAAUUUUGUCUAUGGAAAAGCAGAAGGCAAAGGAACUUACACUCAUCAAGACGGCAAUGUAUAUGAAGGUGACUGGAGAAAUGAUCUCCAACAUGGCAGAGGCAGAGAGACAAAACCAGACGGAUCUGUGUAUAAUGGGGAAUUUUAUAUGGGGAAAAAGCAUGGUCAAGGUGUAUAUGAAUGGGCAGAUGGCUCUAAAUAUGAUGGAAGCUGGAGAGACAACAUGAAAGAUGGCUAUGGAAUAUAUACUUGGUCAGACGGCAGCUAUUAUAAAGGCAGUUUCAGUGAAAAUAAAAUGCAUGGAAAAGGAUUCUUUGAUUGGUGUAAUGGCAAAACAUAUGAAGGAGACUUCUAUAAUGACAAAAAGCAAGGAAUUGGUAUUUUCAGAUGGCCAAAGGGAGUGAGAUAUGUUGGAGGCUGGUUUGAAAAUGAGAAGCAUGGUAUUGGCUCAAUAUAUCUAAAUGAUAAGGAAAGAAGGGGUGAAUGGCAAAAUGGUAAAAGAGUUCGAUGGCUAGAUGAUGAUGAAGACAUGGAUGAUUACCAAAUUGAUUAA